AUGUGCCUUUCCAUACCAGAUAAAUUGCUGGAGAAGUAUUCGAGUGCUAGUAUGUACCUUGAUGAGCUUAAAAUUCUAGGAUGCACAUUAUUACAUGGAAUUGAUGUGAAAGACAUGCACGAAGAUAGCUUUUUGAAAGCACAACGGUUCGACCGAAUCAUCUUUAAUUUUCCUCAUGCAGGACAUUAUGUAGGGCUCCAUGAACAUGAUGACGAGCUCAUUUUGAUGCACCAGAAGUUACUUUGUGAUUUCUUUAGCAGUGCAAGAUGCUUGUUAAGUGAAAAUGGUGAAAUACAUGUUAGUCAUAAGGAUGGCCAUCCUUUUUAUAAGUGGGGCAUUAGAGAUUCAGCAAAGGAGAGAGGUCUGAUCCUCAAGGAAAUGGUGGAGUUUCAGAAGGAAGAUUAUCCUGGUUAUGAGAACAAGAGAGGAGGUGAUAUAAUGAGCAACUUGACCUUUCCUCUUGGAAAUAUGAGUUUCACUUUCAAGUUUUCCUUGAGCAAGCAUUUAGAGGACAACUGA